UCGCCUCGUCUGUCUUCACUCUGUCUCUAAAAAGUCUCCUUAGCGUCUGUCCGUCUCUCUUCUAUCAUCACUCUCUUUCUUUGCCUCCAGACAUUAUUCCUCUUCAUCCUUCCCAUCCUCCUCCUCCUCCUCCUCCUCCCCUUCCUCUGCCUCUCCCUCCUCCCCUUUUUCCUUCUUCCUCUUCCUCCUUCUCUUACCUAUUUGUGUCUCCUUAUUGCUUAUUCGUAUUUAGAAUAACUUUUACCACUAGACGUUUUAAUGGCUUCAACUGACACACAAACACACACAUAAACAAACACACUCCCCCCCCCCCUCCCCCCAAUCAGAUAAGGAGGGCGUGGUCUUCAGUCUGACAGGAUGAUGAAAGUUACUUUGGAAGUUGAUCAAACAGCAGCAUCCGUUUCCAAUGAAUCUGACUGAAGCAGAUAGAGACACAAACACACACACACACACAAUCACACACACACACAAAUACACACACUGUGUAUUACUGUGUAUAUGUGUGUAUAUUAUCAAUCAUGAGUUGCUAUUCUCAGUCAAAGAAUCUGUUUCAUAUUUUUGCUUCAUCAAAAUAAGAGUCACAGUUGAUUCUAUGAAAGUGGAGGGAAACAGUAUUUUAUGUAUUAAUCAUAAUAAUCCUGACAUUAUACCUAAUGAGGGCUUUGAGGGAAUUGGCAGGAAGUUGCGUCUGCAGGUGAAGCAGCUAUAAGUCCUGCUAAGAAGAUCUGCACACACACACACACACACACACACACACACACAGACACACACAGACACACACACAGACACACGCACACUAAGCUGAGCUUUGUGUGCUGGGGAUCACAGUCUGAUGAAGUCGUCCUGCUGAACAGAGAAGAUGGAAGCUGUUGGCGGCUCAUGGCGGAAGAAUCACAACUGACCUCUGAACCCGAGAGAGAGGCUGGACACGGUGUCAUGGACGCCGUGGAUGCGUCUCCUCUAAGGCGCUUCGUUGUUGCGAAGAGUUUGAUUACCUCCAUCUUUGAUCAGCUGCUGGAUUUUGUAAAGGAUGGCUCCGCUUUUGUGGACGAGGCGUGGCGAGGAGACGACCUGGGUCAGGUGGCUGUGGAGGAGCAGAGUCUGGAGCUGCAAAGCUGUGCCACCAAGCUGUGGACCAUCAAGGAGGUUCUGGUCCGGAGACACAUGAAGGUGGCCUUCUUUGGCAGGACGAGUAACGGAAAGAGUACGGUGAUCAACGCCAUGCUGAGGGACCGCGUGUUGCCCAGCGGCAUCGGUCACACCACCAACUGCUUCCUGAGGGUGGAAGGAACCGACGCAGACGAGGCUUACCUCACCACCGAGGCGUCCAGCGACCGGAGGAGCGUCACCACGGUGAACCAGCUGGCUCAUGCCCUCCACAUGGUUCCCACUCUAGACUCUGGCAGUCUGGUGAAGGUGAUGUGGCCUAAAAGCCGCUGUGCUCUGCUGAGAGACGACCUGGUGCUGAUGGACAGCCCUGGCACCGACGUCACUUUAGAGUUAGACAGCUGGAUCGAUAAGUUCUGCCUGGACGCCGACGUCUUCGUUUUGGUUGGAAACGCUGAGUCGACGCUCAUGAACACAGAGAAACUGUUCUUCCACAAAGUCAGCGAGCGAAUCUCCAAACCGAAUAUCUUCAUCCUCCACAACCGAUGGGAUGCGUCAGUGAGUGAACCUGAAUACAUCGAGGAGGUGAGGAAGCAGCACCUGGACCGCUGUGUGAGUUUCCUGGCCGAGGAGCUAAAGGUGGUCAGCCUAGACGAGGCUCCGGGAAGGAUCUUCUUUGUCUCCGCCAAAGAGGUCUUGAGCUCCAGGAUGCAGCGAGCACAGGGCAUGCCUGAGACAGGUGGCGCUCUUGCUGAGGGUUUCCACGAGAGACUGAGAGAGUUCCAGAUGUUUGAGAGGACGUUUGAGGAGUUCAUCUCUCAGUCUGCAGUGAAGACCAAGUUUGAGCAGCACACAGUGAGAGCGUGGCAGAUCACUGAGGCCAUCAAAGCUGUGAUGGACGCCAUCAACAUCGCCUCCGCCAACAGGAAGAUAUGCUGCCUGGAGGAGCGUGAGGAUCAGAGGGACAGGCUUGACUUCGUCAGAGGACAGAUUAACCGCCUGACCGUCAACGUCAAAGAGAAGAUCAAGACUCUGACCGAUGAUGUCGCUGCCAAGGUUGCCACCGCGCUGACGGAUCAGAUCCGCUCACUUCCGAUUGUGGUGGAGGAGUUCAGAGCAGAUUUCAACCCCACACAAGAAACUCUGGCGCUCUACAAAACGAAGCUGCUGCAGCACGUGGAGGAGAGGCUGGUUGUGUCUUUGUCUCAUCGCUGCUCGGCCGGCGUCCUCAGGGACAUCGCAGAGACUCAGAGACACAUGAUCGACGGCGUCCAACCUCUUCUGUCUCCGUCCGUCCUCGACCAGCUCUCUGCUCCCUCCGCCUCCUUCGACCUGACGUACGACCUCGGCCUGGUCGCCCUGUGUGCGGACUUCCAUGAGAACAUUGAGUUCCAGUUCUCUCUGGGCUGGACGGCCCUCGUCGGCCGCUUCAUCGGAGCCUCCGGCGCCAAGCGGGCCCUCGGCGCCGCUGCAGACACGCGGCUACAGGUGGGUGCCUCGUUUGUGCUUCUGCGCUGUUUACGUUUCAGCUCGUCUCCAUUGAUGCUCUCGCAGGAGACCUCCAACUUCAAGGACGACAUGGUGGUUUCCAUAGCGACAGGCCUGUCCUGCGUCUCCUCCCGAGCGUCGAUGACGGCGAUGGUGAUCGGUGGCGUGGUGUGGCGCUCUGUGGGCUGGCGUCUCCUCGCUCUGUCCUUGUCUCUCUACGGUCUGCUCUACCUGUACGAGAAGCUCACCUGGACCGACGGCAGCAGGGAGCGCGCCCUGAAGCGGCAGUUUGUGGAGCACGCCGCUCAUCGCCUGAGGGCCGUCGUCCCCGCCGCCGGCUCCGCCUGCGGUCAGCAGGUGCACAGGGAGCUGGCGUCCACCUUCAGCCGCCUGGCGCAGAGAGUCGAUCUGAGCGAGGCGGAGCUGGAGGGGAACAUCCGGCAGCUGAGCUUCAGGAUCCAGAGACUGGAGAACAUCCAGAGGAGGUCCAAGGCCUUCAGGAACCGAGCCACAGAGCUAGAGACCCAGCUGGAGGCCUUCUCCGUCCAGUACCUGCAGGAGGUCUGACUGGACUUAUGUUCACAUCGCUUAGAGAUGGAAUAUUCAGAUGAAUCAGUAGAAUGAGUCCAUCAUGUCACCACCCCUCCAUGUUGUCAUCUGCAUGUUACUACGGCAACCCACAAGGGACAAACUGACCUCUGGAUCUACACAGACUAGGAAAAGGCUUUGGUAGCAGGAGGAAGAGGAAGAGGAGGAGGAGGAAGUGGCUGACUAACUACUUCCUCUCCUGAGGAGUUUGAGAAGCACAUCUGGGCAGUUUGAGAAUACAAGCCUUGUUUCCAGAUGGGCCCGAUCCUGCUGGGAUCAAGACCAACACACGACAUUGUUUGGGGGAUAUUGUGAAGCAGCAACACCUGUAUAGCGGUUACCAUAGCUAGCUAAGCUAAGCGCUAACUCAACAUAAAUCAAUACAUGUGAGUGACUGAUGGUUUUCUGAUAAUUGAGAUAAAUAUUGUUUGUCAUUAAACUCUCGUCGGACUGACAUGAGGAGAAGCCGUGUUUUACUGAUCGCAGUCUGGUCAGAGCUAAUGACAUCAUGGUGACAUCAUCAUCAUCAUGUCAUCAUGUUCCCUAUAUCCAUAUCCAUAUAUAUAAAUACAUAUAUAUAUAUGUAUACAUUACGAUUCAAUAAUAAUAAUUUCGUUGUUAACACAAAAAAUGGUUAAGGAGAGAACUGAUGAUGUCAUCGGGUUAAUUUAUCUGUAUCGGACUGAUCGACCAGGAAGGAAACGAUUAGACAGCUUUUAGAUUCAGUAUCGGUUGUUUAAUUUCUAAAAUAUCAUCAGUUUACAUGAAUAUUGUCUGUACAGUCGUUUACAUGAGAAACAUCAACAACUCAAAGAUACAUGAAGGAGAACUAAGUGAACAAUCUCACUCAUCCUAAAAUCCACCAAUCAAUCAAUCAAUGGAAAAACUAAACGAGCAAUGAGAGAAAAACAUUAACAAACCCUUAAAGAACAAAACCCAAAUAAAUGUUUCUUUGAAACAAAAUCUAAACGAACACAUCGCUGUUGCUUCAUAUUCAAGUUAAAUGUGACCUUUAAUUCUGCUGCUUCGUUCU